UAUUGUUGCAUUGAAUUGCGCAGCACUAGAAAUUUUCUUCUCGCUUCCGCCACACUUCCAAUGUUUACAUCUCUGCGUCAUCGACACCUAUUUCACUUUAAGUACAGAAAGUGUAACACUAGUUCAGCCACAAAAAAAAUAGACCUAGCGUGCAUGUGUACGUGCACACCGUCACUAAUGUCAUAACGUGUCCCAUAAUUGGUCAUAUGGCCGCGCAGUUGUGUGCAGUUGUGCGAGAUGAUGUGUUUGACAAAUGUUGACGAACGGGUCAGAGCUACGUUUUGUUAUUGCGUCUUUGACAAGACGGGAAUUUAUCAGUGAUAAAAGAGUGAAAUAAAGUUAAAGGUUGUACGUUAAAAGUUGCUUCGGUACGUGUGACACUGUUGGACUGAAUUAAAUAACCAAAAAGCCAAUCAAAAUCAACGGAGAUGCAAAACACUUUGAGAUUGGUUGCCUGUUUAUUAUUGCUUCUUGAUGCCGCGAGGGCUGUGGCUUCAUCCUCGUCGUCCCCGUCGCCGUUCUCUCCGAUCGUCGUCCACGCGGAAUACUUACACAAAUAUCAAGAAACCACAAAUGCCACAGUUGAAUAUGUGUUUUUGUAUCCUGCCAGCAAUGUAUCUAUGGGAACAGCGAGAAUUAAGAUAGAAAGCAACGCGACCCAUAGUUUGCCGCUGAUAAUAGUAGUGCGUCAAACAACUGGUAUUCUGUCCUGGCAGAUACCUCUGCUUGUCAACAGCGCGGAUUUAGAUACUGUGAUAUACAAUAAAACUAGUCGUACUCUGUGCUCCAACAAGUAUUACCGAUACGCACAAGAUGAUGAGGAGUAUGUUAUCGUCGGUAUCUCCACGGCCAGUCGUGAGAAUAUCUUCUUUGAGAUCAGCGUGGUGGAAGUUACAGACUUUUAUUUAAGUUCCGAAAAAGAAGUGGAGGUGCAGAUUUCUCCAUCCGAACCUAUAUAUUAUGGCUACAUCUUCUCGAAACAAUCUCAGCCAGAGGAGAACUCGUCAGUCAUCGUUCGCGUCGAAUCGGAUAACGACGUCUGCAUGACCGUCUCCGUGCAAAAUACAUCGUGUCCUGUAUUUGAUUUGGAACGAAACAUCGAGUUCUCUGGGCACUGGCAGACUGUGAGCAGAAAAGGAGGUAUUACAGUACCGAGAGAGGCUUAUCCGUUAGGGUUCUUCGUUGUACUUGUCGUCAAAGGGGAGGACACCGACUGCAAUGGGUUAUCCAGUAGUAAUCCUCUUCGUACCAAAAACGUUACAUUAAUCGUAAGCCCAACUAUCACCAAGCGGGACUACGUCGUUGCGUCGGCAUUAGCGGCGGCAAUUGUACUAGGUUUUUGCGUCUGCUAUAUAACGGCCGAAAUAGUGUUCAGUAUCAGAGAGAGCAAGAGACUCGCGACGCAAGAGCCGAUAAACGAACAAAGCCAAGAUGUUAACGAACACAUGCCGAGUCCAUCGAUGGUGGAAGAGAAGAGGUCCCCGAAUCAGUGGAAUUCUAUUGAAGAAGAUUCAUCCCUGGACGAGGACGACAUAGAUCUAAUGGAGGACGCUCUCUCCGACAAGGACGUGAUACGUACGAAGGUCAUCCUCUCGGUCUGCGAUCUCGCGCGCAAGGAGCCGAGGAUACUGCGACAUAAGUCCCGUUUAUAUUUAUAUUACCUGGCGACCGUCGCGAUAUUCUACACGCUGCCGGUCGUACAGCUGGCGGUGACGUAUCAGCGCGUGCUGCACACGACCGGGAAUCAGGACAUGUGCUACUACAACUUCCUGUGCGCCCAUCCGCUGGGCCUGGUGUCCGACUUCAAUCACGUGUUCUCGAAUUUCGGAUAUGUCAUGCUGGGCCUGCUGUUCAUAUUUCUGACUUACUCACGGGAGCGGAACGAGCCGGACAAGGAGAAAAUCAAGUGCUACGGCAUACCGCAGCAUUACGGCCUGUUCUACGCAAUGGGCACCGCGCUAAUAAUGGAAGGUAUACUGUCGGCGAGCUACCACGUGUGCCCUAGCCGUAGCAAUUUUCAAUUUGACACCAGCUUCAUGUACGUGAUCGCGGUGCUCUGCAUGAUCAAGAUUUACCAAAAUCGUCAUCCCGACAUAAACGCCCGGGCACCGGUAACGUUCGGGAUGUUGGCCGUCAUAAUAUUCGCGGGAUUGAUCGGGGUUCUGAAUGGCUCUAAAACCUUCUUGAUAAUAUUUUCCAUUCUGCAUUUACUAAUAUGCUUCUUUCUGACUGUACAAAUAUAUUACAUGGGACGAUGCAAAUUCGACAGAGGCGUUCUUAAAAGAGUAAUACAGAGGUUCAGGCACGAGGCACGCUGCGGCAUAUGGCAUCUACUGCGGCCGCUCUAUCCCGCGAGAUUCAUAAUGCUCGUAUUGGCGAAUUUAUGUAACGUCGCGCUCGCGGUGUUCGGAUACAUGUAUCAGCAAGGCAAUUUCGCUACGUUUUUACUGGCUAUACUGAUGUCCAACUUAAUUUUAUACACAUUCUUUUACAUAAUGAUGAAGCUUUGCCACAGGGAACGGAUUCUUCUCACACCCGCGAUCUACAUCUUCCUGUCCAUGCUGUUUUGGGGCGCAGCCUUGUACUUCUUCGUGCAUAAAACUAUUUCUUGGGCGCUCACACCGGCCCAGUCCCGCUUAUACAAUAAACCCUGCGCGCUAUUGAACUUUUUUGAUUCCCAUGACAUCUGGCACUUUCUUUCGGCGUUAGCUAUGUUUUACUCCUUUAUGGUAUUGCUGACCUUAGAUGACGACCUAACGGAUGUACAUCGAAGUCAAAUACCCGUUUUUUGAGGAUACUCUCCUCUAUGUAGGUUUGAGAAUUAUUGUGAGAUUUUAUAAUUUUUUUUAUAAGGUAUUCUCUCAGACAUACGUGAUGUACAGUCUACUGAAUAGUGAUUUUACAAAAAAGUUAUAUAAAUAUACAAAAGGCUUUUAGGAGAGAGAGAGAGAGAGAGAGAGUGUGUGUGUGUGUGUGUGUGUGCGCGAAUGUUUCUCGUAGUAGGAACGUGGAUAUAUUGUCUGCACCAAAGAAUGCGUGUGAUGCAUGUCGAUUAGAUCGAAUAAAUGCAUGUGAUUCUAUAAGUUGUCUGUUACAAUAAACAAAUUUUAAUUCCAGUGUCUCGACGGCACUUUUUAUGAAGAAUGUGAUACUGUUUGAAAAAGAAAAAGAAUAUAUAUGUAUAUAUCUUCCCUAAAACGUAGAGAAAAAAAAUUAGAGAAAAAAAGAUUAAUGUUUUACAUAAAAUACAUGUACAUUUUUGCGUCUGUCGUGAGAUAAUGUUAUUUAAAUGCGGCAGUUGCGCGAGCGCAUCGUUUACAAUGUCAAAGUCUCCUACAAUGUUUUCCUUCGAAAAAUAAAUAUACAUUUUAUAUUA